AAAAAAACAUGGCAAAUGUUAAAUUUCGUUUCUUACCAUAUUUGAUACUGUGCUUCAUUCCUAACCCAAUUAAAGCACAUGAGAUAACCUCGAGUGCAAUUAACCAAAUAGGAGAAGCUUGUCUGCAAGAAUCAUGUAAUACAAUUACUGAAAUUAACGUCACUACCGAUUCCAGUAACAUGGAUCCGUCUGAGCAAACGACCGAAAUGCCCAGCGAAGAAGAUAUAUCAGGGGAAACUUCGAAUUCUUCAUCCACUGUUGGCGAUUCAUGUCACUUAUUACCUGUUGAAUUCAUGCGUUGUGAUUUAAAUUUCACAUGUAUCUACGGUGGACUUGUAAAUGUCUCUUGUGAAACUGAUCACCCGUGUAAGGGUUCUAAAAAAUUUCAUAAAGAAAUGAAAUGUCAGUAUUGUUACCAAACUUCAGCAGAAGAUCAUUCUUGCAAUGCAACAGGCACCUACUGCAAUUCAGCAGCCAAUCCAGUUCAAAAGUAUAGGUCCAACUGCACUGCAAAAUCAAAUGUUCUUUGUUUGGGACAAAGAAUGUUUUUUAAAAAUAUUAGAUGCAACUGGACUUCUGGAUACAAGUGGAGCACAACACUAUUGCUGAGCAUCACUUUAGGUGGAUUUGGAGCAGAUAGAUUCUAUCUUGGGCAUUGGCAGGAAGGAAUAGGCAAGCUGUUCAGUUUUGGAGGAGCUGGAGUAUGGACCCUUAUUGAUGUGAUAUUAGUUGCUGUAGGCUACCUUAAACCUGCAGAUGGAUCUGUGUACAUAUAAUAUGUGGAAUUAAGGAAUAUACAAAUUUGACAUACAAA